AUGGUGCAAGCAUUCAGCUACAAGCUAAGGUGGAGAUUUCGAGAGCAACAAUCCUUAUGGGCAAUGUAUGUGCAUGCCAAAUAUUGCUCCCGCUCAUCGCCGUCUGAGGUCUCCCCUUCUCGUCGACACAACCCUGUCUGGAGACAUAUGUUCCAAGCAGGUCAGAAAAUCCAGCCCCUCAUGAGAUGGGUUCUGGGAAACGGGCACAUCUGUUUCUGGGACGAUACUUGGCUCGAAGACGUCCCCCUCCGGAAGGUCGGAAACAGGGUGACUCAAGACAAUAGCUGUGUCUUGGUUCUUGACUGCUGGGAUGGAGAAGAAUGGGAUGAUGUAAAACUCAGAGAGCUCCUAGCCCAAAGAAAUUGCCCAAUGGCACUAUUGGAAAAGAUCCGUUUGACUCCGUUUCAGAAAAUAAAGAGAGAUAUCUGCAGAUGGACGAGAACCGGGAAUGGGAACUUCUCAACAUCUUCCGCGUGGCAGCUAGCUAGAGUUCAUCACCCCGAAAAUAACAUCUAUAACCAAUUCUGGUGUAAGGCGGUAACCCCAUCUAUGGGGGUGUUCUUAUGGAGAUUGGUGAUAAACCGAAUCCCGAUCGACACAAAGUUGCAAUGGAGAAUGUUACAUAUGGCCUCCAAAUGUAGAUGCUGCAAGAAAUCGGCCAUCGAGACAGCGGAGCACAUGUUCAUCUCUAGCGAAGCAGCUCGCCGGCUGUGGAACUAUUUUGGGAAAUGGAUGUUUGUGGAGGCGGAAAGGAUGGAUGAUGAGGGAAGAACUAUCCUGAGACUGCGUAAAUGGAGAAAUUUCUUCCCCGGCACAUCGCAACUGCACAUCAGCUCUGUCCUUCCUUGCCUAAUCAUGUGGUUCCUUUGGUUAGAAAGAAAUGAUUGUACCUUCCAAGACACACAAUUCAACGUGGGCUACAUCAAGAAGAGAGUCGAGUUACAUCUGGAGAGACUUAUAAUUAGUGGCAUCAUGACCAAGGAACAUUGGAAGGGAGCUCGACAUCAACAUACACUCUUAGUUGGUAGAAAGACAAGGCGAAAAUACACUAAAGCUACCAGAUUGGACUGGCUCGCCCCUGAAGGAAACUGGGUCAAGGCAAACACGGAUGCUGCCUAUUCCUCAAGCAACAACAAGGCCGGAUGA